CGCGCUCUCCCGUCGGGCCCCGCCUUUUCCUUCCUUCCUUCACUGGGGGGCGGUUGAGCCGCCAUUUUGUUCCUUGGGUUCCCGGAGGCGGCGCGUGUGGAAAGCUGCUCCUGCCGGUCGCCCAGGGAUUGCGGGAAGGAGGCCGGAGCGAUCUCUCGGUCUCCGCGGCGGCUUUCUCGCUUCCCUUCUGCCCGGGCCUGCUCGCUCGCGCCAUGUCUGGAGAAACUCCCGCCGGCGACCAGGCUGCUGAAUAUGUCCCAGAAAAAGUAAAGAAAGCUGAAAAGAAACUAGAAGAGAAUCCAUAUGACCUUGACGCUUGGAGCAUUCUCAUUCGAGAGGCACAGAAUCAGCCUAUAGACAAAGCACGGAAGACCUAUGAACGCCUUGUUGCCCAGUUCCCAAGUUCUGGCAGAUUCUGGAAACUGUACAUUGAAGCUGAGAUAAAAGCAAAAAACUAUGACAAAGUAGAAAAGUUGUUUCAGCGGUGCCUUAUGAAAGUUUUACAUAUUGACCUGUGGAAAUGCUACCUUUCAUAUGUGCGAGAAACCAAAGGAAAGCUACCUAGUUAUAAAGAGAAAAUGGCCCAGGCAUAUGACUUUGCUCUGGAUAAAAUUGGCAUGGAAAUAAUGUCAUACCAGAUCUGGGUGGAUUACAUCAAUUUUUUGAAAGGCGUUGAAGCAGUAGGAUCCUAUGCAGAAAACCAGAGGAUAACUGCCGUUCGCAGGGUUUAUCAACGGGGCUGUGUGAACCCAAUGAUUAACAUUGAGCAACUCUGGCGAGAUUAUAGCAAGUAUGAAGAGGGAAUCAAUAUCCAUUUAGCUAAGAAAAUGAUUGAAGAUCGUAGUAGAGAUUAUAUAAAUGCAAGACGUGUGGCUAAGGAAUAUGAGACGGUGAUGAAAGGUCUAGACCGCAAUGCUCCUUCUGUCCCACCACAAAAUACCCCUCAAGAGGCUCAGCAGGUAGACAUGUGGAAGAAAUAUAUACAGUGGGAAAAGAGCAAUCCUCUACGCACUGAAGACCAAACCCUAAUAACAAAAAGAGUAAUGUUUGCAUAUGAGCAAUGUCUGUUGGUGCUGGGCCAUCAUCCAGAUAUCUGGUACGAAGCUGCACAAUAUCUUGAGCAAUCCAGCAAACUACUAGCUGAGAAAGGGGAUAUGAAUAAUGCGAAAUUGUUCAGUGAUGAAGCUGCAAAUAUUUAUGAAAGAGCUAUCAGCACUUUACUAAAAAAGAACAUGCUUCUUUAUUUUGCAUAUGCCGAUUAUGAGGAGAGUCGGAUGAAAUAUGAGAAGGUGCACAGCAUAUAUAACCGGCUACUGGCUGUUGAAGAUAUUGAUCCCACUUUGGUAUACAUUCAGUAUAUGAAGUUCGCAAGGAGAGCAGAAGGCAUAAAAUCAGGUAGAAUGAUAUUUAAGAAGGCUCGAGAGGAUGCACGAACACGCCAUCAUGUCUAUGUUACUGCUGCUCUGAUGGAGUAUUACUGCAGCAAGGACAAGUCAGUGGCUUUUAAGAUCUUUGAGCUGGGGCUAAAGAAAUAUGGAGACAUUCCAGAAUAUGUCUUGGCAUAUAUUGAUUAUCUUUCUCAUCUGAAUGAGGAUAAUAAUACAAGAGUCCUAUUUGAACGUGUAUUAACCUCAGGCAGUCUUCCACCUGAGAAAUCGGGAGAGAUAUGGGCCCGUUUUUUAGCCUUUGAAAGCAAUAUUGGUGACUUGGCUAGCAUACUAAAAGUAGAGAAACGGCGAUUUACAGCCUUCAAAGAAGAAUAUGAGGGCAAGGAAACAGCUUUACUAGUAGACCGAUAUAAGUUCAUGGAUCUGUACCCUUGUUCUGCCAGUGAACUCAAAGCCCUUGGGUACAAGGAUGUUUCUCGUGCGAAGCUAGCAACCUUAAUUCCAGAUCCAGUUGUAGCUCCUUCAAUAGUACCUGUGUUAAAAGACGACGCGGACAGGAAACCAGAGUAUCCAAAACCAGACACACAGCAGAUGAUUCCAUUUCAGCCAAGACAUUUAGCACCUCCAGGUUUACACCCAGUCCCUGGUGGAGUGUUUCCAGUUCCACCUGCUGCUGUUGUUCUGAUGAAACUUCUCCCACCUCCUGUGUGUUUUCAGGGCCCAUUUGUGCAAGUGGAUGAGCUCAUGGAGAUUCUUAGGAGGUGUAAACUCCCAGACACUGUAGAUGAAGCUGUGAGGAUUAUAACUGGAGGCUUGCCUGACCUAUCAAUGGAAGGGAAUGGACCUUUGGAAAAUAAUGCUCUUUUAAAUAAAUCUGUCAAAAGACCAAAUGAAGAUUCAGAUGAGGAGGAAGACAAAGGGUCAGUGGUCCCUCCCAUUCAUGACAUUUACAGAGCGCGACAACAAAAGCGGAUCCGGUGAGACAGGUUGCAAAUAGAACUGUGAAAGAAAUAAAGGACUUGUAACAUUUUUUUUCCUUCAGCAAAUGAAAAGUUUAAAAGGGAUUGAAGUUUCUAACAUGCAUCUUGCAAUUGAGGUUAUUUUGUUACUGUGGUGCCUCUUUUUUACCAGCUCUUCAUCAGAAAAGAAGAAAGGAAGAUGAAUCUUAGAAUGAGCAAAUUUGAGCUCUGGCAGAACCUAAAGAUUUUUGAACACAAACCAUGAUAAGUGUCUGAAUUGCAUUUCUUAGCUCUUCAAAGGUAUUCCCCAUCUACCACAAACAAUCUCAUGGGGUUCUGAGUUUUAUUUUUAAAAAUUGAAUAGCUUAUAAUGGUGAAAUAUUCUAAAUUCACACUUCUGGAACCCAAGCAGUUCUUUUCAGUUUGCUCGUGUAGUGUCUGUCCUGCCUUAUUCUUUGUUUUUAUUUAUGGCAGAAUGAAUGGAAACUGUUUUGUAGUUUAAAAUGGAAAAAACAUUCCCUUUCAAAUAAAGGAGCUCUAUAAUA